GCCCUUCGGUCGCUGCGGUCGCUCUCUCUCAAUCCCAAUCUCCCUCUUGGUCGCCUCCUGCCCGUCCAGCGCCUGGCCCACGCCAAUUUCUCUCUCUCGCAUCGUCGCCCGCGCAAUGAGCCUUGGCCUACACCUCCUCCUUCUUUCAUGAUGCAGUUCGACUCCCCCAGAAAGCCCGACCUCGCGGCUAAGCGCCGCAAGAAGGUCAAGGCCCCUCGCGACAACAAGAGCAGUGGCUUUGACGAGGUCCUCCAGGCCGAUAUCGACGCCCUCCUCCGCCGCCAUAAGCCCGACACUGAGGUCCAGACCGAGCCCGAGACCGACGACGCUGCCACUCCCCCGCAACCCACCCUCCCGGAGACCUUCACCGAGCUCGAAGUCCAGGUCGCCGACAUUUCGUCCACCGGCGAUGGCCUCGCGCUGUCGGAAAACCAGAAGCACGUCUAUGUCGUCCCCUUCACCGUCCCCGGCGACAAGGCCCUCGUGAAGAUCGUGCGCCAUUUCCCCGACCUGUCCUACAGCUUGACCGACUUCGUCAAGGUCCUCGAGCCCGGCUCCACGCGCAACGACGCCGGCAUUGGAUGUCAGUACUUCGGCAAGUGCUCCGGAUGCCAGCUGCAGAUGAUGUCCUACGAGGACCAGCUGGCCCACAAGAAGCGCAUCGUGGAGAAGGCCUACGCCAACUUCUCCGGCUUGAUCCCAGAGCUGAUCCCCGCCAUCGGCGACACCUUCCCCUCCCCGAUGCAAUACGGCUACCGGACGAAGCUCACGCCGCACUUCGCUGCCCCGGCUGGCGCGAAGAGACGAGGACCCCGCGAGCCGCACAAGGAAGUGCCCCCGAUCGGAUUCACCUACAAGAACCGGCGCAUGGACCUCGACAUCGAAGACUGCCCGCUGGGCACCGAGAUCGUGCGCAAGGGCCUCAAGAGCGAGAGACAGCGCGUGGCCGACAACCUCGCGCGGUACACCAAGGGCGCCACACUGCUGAUGCGCGAAUCCACCACGCGCACCCCCAAGCCCCAAGACGGCAGCACCCCCCAAUCCCCCGCCGCGUCAACAAACCCCACCAGGAACACCUACAUCGAAGAGAAGCGCUGCGUGACCGACAACAACGCCACCUCGAUCGAGUACGUCGACGACUACCUCUUCAGCAACCGCGCCGGCGCCUUCUUCCAGAACAACAACUCCAUCCUCCCCGGCUUCACCGAAUUCAUCCGCCAACACGCCCUGCCCCCCACCAACGCCUCGGACCCCAAACCCAUCAAAUUCCUCCUCGACGCCUACUCCGGCUCCGGCCUCUUCACCAUCACCCUCUCCCCGCUCUUCCGCUCCAGCCUGGGCGUCGACGUCGCCGCCGACUCCAUCAUGUCCGCCCGCGAAAACGCCCGCGACAACAACCUCCCCAACACCGGCUUCGCCGCCGCCGACGCCGCCACCCUCUUCAAGGACGGCUGCAGCGACGACUUCCUCCAGCAGCUCCUCUCCUACGGCCCCCGUCGCGUCGUCUACGUCAGCUGCAAUGUGCAUACCCAGGCCCGUGAUGUCGCUGUCAUGGUCCAGGGCGACGAGAAGAAGAACAUCCGCUAUGAGAUCGAGAGUAUUCGUGGCUUUGACUUCUUCCCGCAGACCGGCCAUGUUGAGGGCGUGGCCAUCUUGAAUAAGGCCACUUUCCCGGAGAAGGCUGCUUAG